AUGGGCAACAAGGACAUAAUCACGCUCGGAAUGUUCAUUGUCGAUGAAUUUGAGUAUAACCACCCAAACGGUGAACCAAAUGUGGAGAAACAACAGAAUGGAGAAUCUCAAAUCGGGGGUGGAGGUACAUACGCAAUCAUGGGAAGCAGGAUGUGGACGAGUCCGACACGCCUUGGACAGAUUAUAGACACGGGGAGAGAUUUUGACGAAAGCACGAGAAAGAUACUGGAAAGCUAUGAACAUGAUGAAACCAACAGAAUGUUUAUUCUCCGUCAAGACCCAUCCAAGCCGACGACGAGGGCUUUGAACAAAUACAUGGGACAGCGAAGAGAGUUUAAGUACCUCACAGAGCGCCACAAGCUCCACUUAAAAGAUUAUAUCGCUCUCGGUGUGGAUGAGGCCAAGUACUUACAUUCGGUAUGUAAUCCCGAGCGACAAACAGCCAUAAUAAAGGAAGUGAAAGAAUUAGGCUGGCGGAAUGUCACGUACAUCUAUGAACCACUGCCGGAGGCUAUGACGGCUACGAACAUGGACCAUCUGAUUGAGACGAUGAAGAUUGAUCGUGAAAAUACGCUCCUCUCGCCCAACCACACAGAGGCUGCUGCGAUGCUAGGUGUGGAUGAGCCAACGUCUAGCAAAGCAUGCGAAGAGCUCACUCAGGCUAUACAUGACUACGUCAAUGCCUCAAAGGUCGUGUUGAGAUGCGGCAAGCUAGGUACCUAUGUCAGCACACCUGAUGAAGCAUUCUGGGUGGAAGCUUUACAUAUACAUAAUCAAGAAAAGGUUUUAGACGUCACUGGCGCUGGUAACGCUUUCUUGGGCGGAUUGGCAGGCGGACUGAACAGGUAUGGUGAUAUCAGGAAAGCAGCUGCGUGUGGAACUAUCUCUGCUGGAUAUACCAUCGAGAAGGAUGGCUUGCCAUGUGUUUCAUUGGUAGAUGAACAAGAAUGCUGGAACGGCCGCACUCACACUGCAGAGCAAGAGCUUGAUCAUUUUAUCAAAACUCGCAUGUAA